AUAGUCUAGGGUAGCCCUUCCUCUGGCCAUAGAAGGUAGAUCUGAUAUCCUGAUGCAUAUAUUUCUGGAGACCCAGAGAGGUGAAAGCAUGCAGUAAAAGCUCUCAGAGUCCUUCUGGACCGCCGAUCACUUUUUCUGUCAAACCACCUUUCCAUUCCUCUCAACCCUUCCCCUGACCAUAUAAGGAGAGGCAGCUGCUAGGGGUGUCCCUUGGUUCUAAAUUUAGUACCAAGCCCUUGCUUGGGACUCCAAAAGCCACCAGGCAGCUGGAGCCACCAUGGAACGCCCCACCUCCAACCUCUUCAGGCAGCAUGCCCGGACCCUGUGGUACGACAGACCCAAAUAUGUUUACAUGGAGUUUUGUGUUGAGGACAGCACCGACGUCAGUGUGCUCAUUGAGGACCACCGCGUUGUGUUCAGCUGCAGGAAUGGUGAUGGAGUGGAGCUGUACAAUGAGAUUGAGUUCUAUGCCAAGGUGAACUCCAAGGAUUCCCAGGAUAAGCGCUCUGGUCGCUCCAUUACUUGUUUUGUGAGGAAAUGGAAGGAGAAGGUGGCCUGGCCUCGGCUCACCAAGGAGGAUAUAAAGCCUGUGUGGCUCUCUGUGGACUUUGAUAACUGGAGAGACUGGGAAGGAGACGAUGAGGUGGAGCUGGCUCAGGUGGAACACUACGCAGAGCUCCUGAACAAGGUCAGUACUAAGAGACCUCCCCCUGCCAUGGAUGAUCUGGAUGAUGAUUAUGAUGGUGGGGAUGCAACAACUACCUAG